GCAUUUACCUUGUGUCAGUCGUAUCAGAACUCACCGAAAAAGAAGACGAUCAUCGCUAAAUUUUAUACUUAAUAUAAUAUUCGUGCUAAUUAUUUUGUCUUUUCAUAAGUAUACUUAACACAGUUGUGAUCAUCAGAAAAACAGCCUAUAAAACAACAUUUAAGAGAUUUCAAAGCAGAUUAAAUUAUGAGCAACAGACAGGCCAUAGGAUGGGCCUUCCUGUGCCUGAUGGGAACUCUAAUUGUAGCACCCGCGUCCACCUACCCCAGUACCUCAGCUCAACAGCCGCUAGAACACCGAUCAGCCCAGCCACAAUAUCACUACGAAUCACAACAGCAUCCCGUGUACCAAGCACAACACUAUCCAGUCUACCAGCCCGAACAGGACGCUAGGAAAUUUGUUGAAAAGCCAAAUGCUAGCAAGAAAGUCGCUGCCUCUACCGCUGCAAAUGGCGGAAUAGUGGAAGAUCGCAACGAUCUGGAAGAUGUGCAGACAAAUUCCAUUUCGCAAGGUAUGCCCGGUAUGUCAUGGAGCAAUAUUCUGGGAGUGAUCAUGCAGAUGUUAUUCAACCCAGCAUCUCAAGUAGGACCUAGCAAAUCUGAUGUUGUAGACAACGAUCAAGGUAUGGUACAUACCUCUCCAUGGGCUAAUAUAGUAGCCACAGGUUUAAAAUUAUUAUCGACAUUCUUAAGUGGCGGCAACAUUAUGGGCGGUGAUGGAAUCGAUAAGGUCGACAAUUCUUCCCCGAUGCAGGGUGUAUUGACGGCGGUUUUACCGACAGUACUCGGCAUCAGGGAUCCAGAUCAAGUAGCCACCAUGGCUAAGCAAGCUGGAGAGUUCAUCAACAUUGUCAUGAAUCUUUUGGACGCUUUAAGAACCUCUUUUAGCCACAGAUCUCUACACGCUAGAUCUAUGGGAAAGAAGGAUUCGAUGUCAGACGCAGCCGUAGCCAGUAUUUCCUUUUUAAAAGGUUAUGUUAAGACAAUGGCCACCUCUGAUGAUGUGUGCGCUCAAAAGUUUGUGUGCGAAGCCACCAAAGAAUGCGCGGGUGAAGCAGGAAGCUCAAGUGCCAUAUACUGUCAACUCGGAACGUACGCAACCAGCUAUAUACUGCAAAAAACAAGCAAUGCACCUUUUGAAGUUUAUUACGAUGCCGGCAGACGCGGACGGUCUGGAGAAGACUGUCGCCAACUGUACUUGGCUUGUAAUGAGGUCUAAGUACGUUCAAAUCUUCUAAAAUAAUAGAGAAACAUACGCGUUUCUACGAAUAAAUCGAUACUUUUCAGCGAAACCUCUCAAUUUAUCAAAUUUAUCACUGUAAAUGUUCUAUAUCGAUCAGAAGUAACGAUCUCGUGUCCCUUCAACUUCACUUCAGCGUUUUAAAUCUACCAAAACUGCAAGCUAAUGAUAAACUAUUUAUUUAUUUUUUGUUGAAUCUACGCAACGUUACAGAGCGUUAAUAUUUAAUAUUUUUAUUCCUAUUGUUCUAAUGACAAUGCAUUUUGUAUUAUAUUAGUCUGACUUAUUAUUUUAUGUAUAUUUUUAAAUUUAUUUAUAUAUUAUUUAUUUUAAUUUAUUAUAUAAUUUUUAAUAAAUUAUGCUAGGGAAUA